UUAUACGGCCGUUAUCUCAACAGACCAGAGUUGGCCGGACCCUAUCGGAAAAGUCGUAUCGCUUGACUUCCGAGCAAAUUCUCUCUGUUUUCUUUGUUUUGCAACUUUUUUUCGUCGUAAUUUUUCUCGACAGGAGUUUGUCGGCGCUUGUUCCAGGAUGGUUAAAGUGUCCUUUAACUCUGCUUUGGCGCAGAAAGAUGUGAAAAAAGAUUCCGAAACUCUUAUUCCCACAGAGGACAAAGAUGCGGAGGCAGAUGUGUUGGUGCAUCGCCAGUCCCGGGCCUGGUGCUGGUGCAUGUGCCUGGGCCUGGCCCUCAUGCUGUCUGGAGUGGUGGUUGGAGGAGGUUACCUGUACCGCCACUACAUUCUGGAGGUGAGCAGGCAGCUCCAAGAGGAAAGUAGGCAGCCACAUCAGGCUGUGAUGUUCAUCAAACUGCAGGAAGCCAAAAAUGGACAGGUGGAAAAAUUUAUCGCUACAGGAGUAGAAAGUGUAGUUUGUCCAGAGGAAAAGCCACGUGAGCAUCUCCCACUGGUCACGAAAGGACAGGAAGUUGAACAGGAGGGCCAGGUGUUUGUGUGCGGGGUGGACUACCGAGAGGAAGACUUCAUGAUCCGGGAGGAAGAGGAGAUGGAGGUGGAGCUGCCAAACCAGUUCCAGCUGCGGCAGUUGGAGGAGAGGAUCCGGGUACUGGAGAAGGAGCAGGUGGAGCUCAUCAGUGUCCCCGUGCCUGAGUUCGAGGACGGAGACCCUGCAGACAUUGUCCACGACUUCCAGCGGAGGUUGACUGCCUACCUGGAUUUGAAUCUGAACAAGUGCUACGUCAUCCCGCUCAACACCUCCAUCGUCAUGCCUCCCAGAGACUUCCUGGAGCUGCUCAUCAAUGUCAAGGCCGGCACCUACCUGCCUCAGUCUUACCUGGUCCAUGAGGAGAUGAUUGUGACUGAGCGCCUGGAGCACGUUGAACAGCUCGGCUACUUCAUCUACAACCUCUGCCAGGGCAAAGACACCUACAAGCUGCAGCGCAGAGACAGGAUUUUGGGGAUGCAGAAGCGUGAAGCUCUGAACUGCCACAAGAUUCUUCACUUUGCAAGCAAGUCUGUGGUGCAGACGCUGAUCUGUGACCCUUAAGACGCCUCAUAGCUUCACACCUGCUCUUACAGUCACUGGUGUGCAGUGAGAUUGUGUCCGAUCCACACCUGUCUUUUUUUUCUCUGUCCUUUACUUCAGGUACUUUGAGUGAGUGGGAGGAGUGAAAUGUGAAGCUGUUUGCUGAAUAGUCAUUGAGUGUGGAAAAGGAGAGAGUUGUGUAUUUCUCCACUUUCUGUUCUGGGGUCUUCUUGGAAUCAUUAUCUUUUCAGAAAAUAUCUAAGGUUCAGUAUAAAACAGUAAAUUGUUUUAAUCAAAAUAACACCAGUUAUAGUGUGAACAUUUACUUUAAUAGAUCUGGGUAAAUUUACUGUUUGCUUUCUCUUUCAGUCCAACCAGAAGUUCUAGAGAAAAGGUGACUUUUGUACCACUCGCCCUGGUAUUUAAAGCCAGGGGGGAUUUUUUUUUGCUGUUGUUUCUUGGUAUUGUCUGCUGUAGCUAUUAAUACACUGCGCCUAUUCUUCUCUAACUGGAAAAUUAUCUUAAAAUAAGAGUGUAGACAUGUGUUUCUCUUGUUUAGCUUUAAAAAAAGUUUGUAAAAUAUGAGAAAAAAGAAAAAAAGUAAAUUGACACGAAAUCCAGCAGACAGCAUUGACAGGAAUAGCAUAUUAAAAUCUUUUUCACCUGGGUUGUCUGCUUUUUUUGGGAUAACUCUUCUUGUACUAAUUUGUGUAUAUAAUCUCUUGAUAUGAACAGACCAACUAAAUAAACAAAACGGAACCAA